UUUACGUAAAUCUCAAUAUUUUUUUUUCGUUUAAUGUUUUUAGUUAGUAUUAAAAUCAACUGUAACUUAUACAAACUGUUUAUAUUUAAAUAAAAAAUAACUUUUUAUUUUUGAAUUUGAAAUGUUUAACUGGAGGACGAAAAAGCCAUCUCAAAAUGUACAGUACAAAUACUCCGGUCCCUAUUUGGGCAUGGACCAAUUGCGCCUAACAUACAAUUUUUGUUUAAGGUCAGUAUACCAAUUGCGCUCCUUAUCCUUUUGUUAUGUUUGUUUUUUAGAUUGUCACGGAGAUCAAGAAAAUAGACAAAAGUGUUUCAGAGUCAUACGAUUCAAUGACAAAGAACAAUUUAAGAAAAAAUCAAAUCGAGUCGUGACUGCUCGAUACGGAAUUUUAUCAUUUUUUCCACUUUUUUUCAUUGAACAAUUAAUAAAGUUCAGCAACCAGUAUUUUUUAUUUAUAUCUAUACUACAGCAAAUACCUGAUGCAUCUCCAGUGGGCCGAUUUACAACUAUAUUACCUUUGACAAUUAAGUUUGGAUUUUCGGCUAUAAAAUCAAUUAUUAAAGACCUAAUUGAUCAUAUUAAAGAUUAUAAAGUUAAUCAUAAAUAUGUGGAAGUGUUAAGAAAUGGUAUUUUAGUUCAAGAAAGAUGGAGUGAAAUCGGUAUAGGAGAUAUUAUUAAAGUUAAAAAUAAUAAUAUCUUUCCAGCAGACCUAGUACUACUUUCCUCCAGCGAACUGUAUGGAACUUGUCACAUAGAAACUACGCAUUUAGAUGGUGAAGAAAAUUUAAAAAUCAGACAAUGUGUUAAAGAAACAUCUCAUUGUAAAGAAUUAAAAGAUUUGAUUGGUUUAAAUGGAAUAAUUGAAUGUGAAUUGCCAAAUAAGUUACUUUAUAAUUUUUUAGGAAGACUGACAAUUAUGAAUAAAAAUCCUAUACCUUUAGGUAAUAAACAAUUUUUACUAAGAGGAUCAGUUCUGCGAAAUUCAAAAUGGAUCUAUGGAGUUGUGAUAUACAGCGGUCAUGAAACUAAAAUUAUGCUUAAUAAAUCUUUGCACUCUUUAAAAGAAUCAGCUGCAAUGGAAACAAUUCAAAACUCGUUACUAAAAACAGUUUUUCUAUUGAUUUUUUUACUGAGUAUUAUGUGUGCUUUAUGCUCAUUGUGGUGGACUAAAAACCAUACUAAUAAACAUUGGUACCUUGAACAAAGAGAUGUCAAUGCGUACACGUUUCUUUUACAAUCAAUCAGUUUUUUCGUUAUAUUUCAUAAUACAAUCCCCGUAUCACAUGUUUACAUUGAAGUAGUGCGUUUCUUACAGGCUUGGUUUAUUAAUAAUGACAUUGAUAUGUAUCACAAAGAAAGCAAUACACCUGCUAGGGUUAGAUCACAAAAUCUGAAUGUCGAAUUGGCAAAGGUAAAAUACAUUUUUUCCGAUAAAACUGGUACUUUGACUAAGAAUAUUAUGAAAUUAAAACAUUGUUCAAUUGCUGGAGAACUUUAUCCAGAAGGAUCUCAAAAUAAAAUGAUAAAUAACUCGAUCAAUCACUCUACCAAAAACUAUAUCUUGGAAUUUUUGAGAAUAAUGUCUAUCUGUCAUACAGUUAUACCAGAGAAGUCAAAACUGACGGAUGAAAUAGUGUACAACGCAUCGUCUCCUGAUGAACAAGCAUUAGUCAAUGGAUCUCAACAAUUUGGAUUUACAUUUCAUACUCGUUGUCCAACAUCAAUUACUAUUACUACAUUAUACGGAGAGGAGACUUAUGAAAUUUUAAAUAUAAUAGAAUUUACAAAUUCUAGGAAAAGAAUGUCAGUUAUUGUUCGGACACCUGAUGGUCAAAUAAAAUUAUUUUGCAAAGGUGCAGAUACCGGUAUCAUUAAACGCUUAUCAAAAUCUGGCGAAAAGUACAAAAACCAAACCUUGAUGCACUUAAAUGAUUUUGCCCGCUCUGGUUAUCGUACAUUAUGUUUUGCAUAUAAAAAUAUUUCUGAAAGCUUUUAUAAUAAGUGGAAAGAUGAAUAUCUCAAUGCAUCUGCCGUGUUAAUAGACCGAGAAAGUGCAAAAAAUAAGGUCGCUGAAAAAAUAGAAAAGAAACUGACGCUAAUUGGAGCGACUGCAAUUGAAAAUAAAUUACAAGACAACGUACCAAAAACUAUCCAAGCAUUAAUGUGUGCAGCAAUUAAAGUAUGGAUACUAACUGGAGAUAAAGAAGAAACAGCAAUAAAUAUUGGAUUAUCUACAACACUCAUUACACAAGAUAGCUCAAUAAUUAUUUUUAAUGAAUCAAAUUUAACGGAUCUCAGGCAUGCUAUAAAUCAAAAAAUGUAUAAUUUGGACCUUAAAGUUGAAACAAUAAAUUGUACAUUGAUAAUCUGUGGACGAUUUUUGAAGCACGCAUUGUCUAGUGAUCUUAAAAUGAAAUUUCUCAAAUUGUGCUUUAACUGUAAGUCUGUUAUCUGUUACAGAAUAUCGCCUACACAGAAAGCUGAGAUUGUUGAUCUCGUAACAAAAUAUACAAAUGAAGUAACCUUGGCUAUAGGUGAUGGAGCUAAUGAUGUGCCUAUGCUUCAUAAAGCUAGUAUCGGAGUCGGUGUAGUAGGAUUAGAUGGAUUACAAGCAUACAAUGCUUCAGACUACUCAAUUGGUCAAUUUAAUUAUUUAUUAAAAUUAUUGUUUGUGCAUGGCGCUUGGAAUUAUGAAAAGAUUACCAAAAUGGUUUAUUUUUAUCACUAUAAAACUGUUGUUUUUAAUUCAUUGCAAUUAUGGUUUGCCAUUUAUUCUGGAUGGUCUGGUCAAGUACUAUUCGAUAGAUGGAAUAUUUUCACGUACAAAUCAUUAUUUACAGUUUCACUACCGAUUGUAAUGGGACUAUUUCUAACUUCAUGCUCGACAGAAACAAGAUUAAAAUGUCCACAGUUGUACUAUAAAACUCAAAAUGUAUUUAGUUUUAAAAUGUUUUGGAUAUGGAUAGUUAAUGCUUUAUUUCACUCAAUAUUCUUAUUUUGGAUAUGUUUAUUCAUCAUGAAGCAUGAAGUUAUAUGGAUCAAAGGGAGAGUAGGCGAUUAUUCAGUAUUCGGAAACGUCAUAUACACUUGUACGUUGGUCAUUGUGUGUUUCAAGGCAGGUUUACAUAUUCAGUCAUGGUCUUUUAUUGUACACUUAGCUAUAGGGGUAUCAAUACUACUAUGGAUAUCAUUCAUAAUAAUUUAUGACGAAUUAAAGAACAUGUUAAUGCAUUUUACUGUGUUCAUCAAUAUAAAUGAAAUCAUAUUUAGAUCGCCAAUCUUUUGGAUUACAAUACUAUUUACUACGAGUGUAGUUCUAUUACUCGAUAUUAUAAUUAUAACAAUUCAACGGACUCUAAGCAAUGAUAUGACAAAUAACGAUUAAGAAAAAUGGAAUUUUAGAAAAAUAAUGUGAUACCAGCUACAUAAUAAAUAAAAUUUCAUAACUGUAUUGAAAUAGACCUAUUAGUAAUUAUAUGUUUAAAUCAAUUGAAAAUAUACGAUUAUGUAUGAAGUAAGCAAUUUACUAAUUUUUAAGAAUACUUUACACUACUUUCUAUGAACUUUUAUAUAAAAUUAUUUACCUAUUAAUUGACCUAUUUGUUAAAAGUUCUUGGGUAAUAAACUGAUAACUAAUAAGUAAUAACUAGGUAUAUUAUGGUUUUUCAAUAUCGAUAUAGAUUUCCAGAGCGCUGUAUAUUAUUUAUACUAUUUUGAUUGGAUAUAUAUUGCAUAUUAUUCUUUUUAUCACAUAUUUUUAUGUAGAUAUACGAGUAUGUUCAAUUUUGAUCUUUACUUUGAUACUAUAAUAGUAAAUAAUAAUAUUUUAAUCGGAUAUAAUAAAAUUAACUGUUAAACUA